GUUCUUCUGUGCGCACUGGUGUCCACACCGUCUCCAGAUGACGCACGGCUGUGAUCUGCAGACAACAUGACUGAAGAGAAGAAUGACAGCCACUGUCUGAACUGUUCUGGGCUCGGACUCGGGCAGGACCGCUUCAGUAACCUGGAGGACAUUGACGUGUCCGCAGACGGCAGCCCGCUCCUGCGCCUCCUCAUCUGCCUCAUCUACUCUGUGGUGUGCGCCGCGGGGCUGCUGGGAAAUCUGCUGGUGCUGUUUGUCCUCAGGGUCAAACAGGACCGGAAGACCUCCAGCGUGAACCUGUUCGUGCUCAACCUGGCGGUGACGGACCUGCAGUUCGUGCUCACUCUGCCCUUCUGGGCCGUGGACACCGCGCUGGACUUCAGCUGGCCCUUCGGACACGCCAUGUGCAAAAUCAUCCUGUCGGUCACCGUCAUGAACAUGUACGCCAGCGUGUUUUUUCUGACCGCCAUGAGUGUGACCCGCUACUGGUCCGUGGCUUCGGCUCUGAAUAACAGCACUCCGCGCAAAUCCUGUUCCGUCAAAUGGGUGUGCGCACUCAUCUGGACCCUGGCCACUGUGGCCACCGCGCCCACGCCGAUUUUCUCAACUGUCAGCAACGUCACUGGAGAAAACCUGUGUCUGCUGAGGUUUCCUGGGGGGCAGUACUGGUUAGCGGUCUACCACAUACAGAAAAUACUGGUGGGCUUUGUGCUGCCCAUGUCCAUCGUGUCCAUCAGCUACAUCCUGCUUUUACGUUUCAUCCGCAACAGGAGCAUGAAAACAUGCAACACCAAACGCAGAUCCCAGGUCACCAGAUCCAUCACCGUGGUGGUGCUGUCCUUCUUUUUGUGCUGGAUGCCGAACCAGUCCAUCACCCUGUGGAGCGUCCUGGUCAAACUGAACGCCGCCAACUGGGACCAGGCCUACUACAUAGUCCACACAUACGUGUUCCCGCUGAGCGUGUGCCUGGCGCACACCAACAGCUGCCUGAACCCCAUCAUCUACUGCCUCAUGAGGAGGGAGUUCAGGAACAAACUGAAGAGCCUCAUCCACAGAGGGCAGCUGUAGGCU